UGGUUACGCCGCGGUCCAAAUUUACGAUACUGACUCGUCUUCUCUGAAAAACCCUAAUUCGGGACUAAUCAAAAACAGAAUUGAGAAUACUACCGGCAAUGGAGGACGCAGAGGGAGUCCUCAGUUUCGACUUCGAGGGCGGGCUCGACACGGGUCCCACUAAUCCUACCUCCUCAAUGCCCGUCGUCCAGCCCGAUAAUCCCGCUGCAGCUGCUGCUGCCAACAACAACAACUACGUGGCCCACUCUGCCGGGGGAGUGGAGCCAGGGGCGGCGGCAGUCGGAGCCAACUACGGACCCCGACGGAGCUUUCGGCAGACGGUGUGCCGGCACUGGCUCCGCAGCCUCUGUAUGAAAGGUGACGCCUGCGGUUUCCUCCACCAGUACGACAAGUCCCGCAUGCCUGUCUGUAGGUUCUUCCGCCUCUAUGGAGAGUGUCGCGAGCAGGACUGCGUGUACAAGCACACCAACGAGGAUAUCAAAGAAUGCAACAUGUACAAGCUGGGUUUUUGUCCGAAUGGUCCUGACUGCCGGUAUAGGCAUGCAAAGCUGCCUGGGCCUCCACCCUCUGUGGAAGAAGUCCUUCAGAAGAUUCAGCAAUUAAAUUCUUACAGUUAUGGAACCUCAAACAGGUUUUUCCAUCAGAGGAAUGCUGGUAAUGCCCAACAGUCUGACAAAUCUCAAUUUUCACAAGGCCUUAAUAUCAUCAAUCAAGGUCAAGUUGUAAAACCUUCACCAACUGAACCUGCCAAUGUGCAGCAGCAGCAACAGCAGCAGCAGCUUGUUCAACUGUCCCAACAGCAGAGCAAUCAGACCCAGAUGCAAAAUCUAACCAGUGGUCAACCUAAUCAAUUGAGCAGAACUGCAUUGCCUCUGCCUCAAGGAAUAUCUAGGUACUUUAUUGUUAAGAGUUGCAACCGUGAGAAUCUGGAAUUGUCUGUGCAGCAAGGAGUCUGGGCUACUCAAAGGAGCAAUGAAUCUAAACUGAAUGAAGCUUUUGACUCAGCAGAAAAUGUGAUUUUGAUCUUCUCAGUCAACAGAACUCGAAACUUUCAGGGAUGUGCAAAGAUGACAACGAAAAUUGGCGGUUUUGUUGGUGGGGGAAACUGGAAAUACGCGCAUGGAACUGCACAUUAUGGGCGGAAUUUUUCUGUUAAAUGGUUAAAGUUAUGUGAACUAUCCUUUAAUAAAACUCGUCAUCUGAGGAACCCAUACAAUGAGAACUUACCAGUGAAGAUAAGUAGAGAUUGUCAAGAGCUAGAACCCUCAGUUGGUGAGCAGUUAGCUUCCUUGCUUUAUCUCGAGCCAGAUAGUGAACUGAUGGCAAUCUCACUUGCAGCAGAGUCUAAACGAGAAGAAGAAAAAGCAAAGGGAGUCACCACUGACAAUGGAGGUGAAAACCCAGACAUUGUUCCGUUUGAAGAUAACGAGGAGGAGGAAGAGGAAGAGGAAGAAAGUGAAGAGGAGGAGGAAAACUAUCGUCAGGCUCUUGGAGCAGGAGCUCAAGGGAGGGGUAGGGGCAGAGGAAUCAUGUGGCCUCCUCACAUGCCCCUUGCACGUGGGGCCAGACCUUUCCCUGGUAUGCGAGGUUUUCCCCCUCCAAUGAUGGGUGCUGAUGCGUUUCCUUAUGGACCUGUUACACCAGAUGGUUUUGCGAUACCUGACUUGUUUGGUGUUGGUGCUCGCCCUUUUGCUCCAUAUGGUCCAAGGUUUCCUGGCGAUUUUACAGGCCCCAUGUUCCAUGGGCGACCUUCCCAACCUGGAGCUGUAUUCCCAGCUGGAGGACUUGGGAUGAUGAUGGGUCCCGGACGUCCACCCUUUAUGGGAGGGAUGGGCCCUGUGGCUCCGAAUGCGAUUCGAGGAGGCAGGCCUGUGGGUAUGCCACCAGUGUUCCCACCGCAGCUACCACCUACACAAAAUGCCGGCCGAGGCAUUAGAAGGGAUCAAAGGGUACCCGUUAAUGAUAGGAGUGACAGAUAUAGCGGAGGGUCAGAUCAAGGCAGGGCUCCAACUGGAGGGCUAGACGAUGAGACACAGUAUCAGCGAGAAGGAUCACGGGCUUCCCAGGAUGAUCAAUUUGGUGCUGGAAAUAGCUUUAGAAAUGAUGAAAGUGACAGUGAAGAUGAGGCACCAAGGCGGUCUAGGCAUGGGGAAGGAAAGAAGAAGAGGGAGGCUUAGAAGGGGAUGCUAGCCACGCUACUGAUUAUUAGCAGAUGCCAUCUUAUAAUCUAAAACAAACUCGACAACACUGCUAUUAGUUAGGAGUCGAAUUUGGUCCUGGGAAUCAUGAGUGAUCUUUUAUGCCUCAUAACUCUUCCCUUUUUUGCCCUAUGUGAUAGAUAAAUACGAGAUUGUAAAAUUUCAGGUGUACACCUUUUGUUGUUCCUUUUUCUUUAUCAGAAGUGUAUGAUUUACAUGAUUUUCCUUGUGCAUAUUAUUGAUGUUAUAUAA